AUCUGAUCCUCACUACCCGCAUCCGCACGUCACUUCCGCCUCUCUUUGCCCAGAAUGUCGCGAGAGGCACGCACAGUCAUCAUCUCUCAUGGCUCACACACGAUCCGUGCAGGUCUGGGCAUCCAUGAGGUGUUGCGUCAACCUACCGUCAAUCUGACGGCUCGCGUCGGCCUCCGCCGAUCUCAGCUGGAGGGAGGAGAGAAUGUCAAGCCGGCAGACUAUCUUGUCGGCGCCAUCCUAGACGAGGCAUUGAGGACACAGACUGCUGAGGACCCUGUGACAGUCUCCUGGCCGAUGAUCGGGGGCGAGAUCAGAGAUUGGGGAGGAAUGGCUGCACUCUGGUAUCACGUCCUCUUCUUCCUCCUUCCCGUCAUCCGGUCCUCCAACAGCUCCGUCACCCUCCUCUCCCUUCCUCCCACCACCAUUACCCGCUCCUCAUCAGCGCGCAUCCACAAGAUCUUCUUUGACGAAUUCAACACGCCCGCCUUCUGCCUCGUCGAUUCCGCCCUCGCCUCAUCAUUUGCCGUCGGGCAGAUGAUGGGAACCGUGGUGGAUGUAGGGGCGAGAGGCAGCACAGUAGCAUGCGUGAUGGAUGCGCUUAUGGUGCCGCAGAGCAUCAAGAGGUGCGAGGUGGGACUGGGGGAGUGCACGGCCUAUCUGGCGGGUCAAUUGGGCAGGGAUGCCAAGGUCGUUGAGGCGUUGAGCGGUGUACAAGAGGAUGAGGAGGCCAUGGCUUCCACUUCCAGCGCUCCGUCCUCGAGACAAUCACGUCUCCUACUUGCUCUCGCCCGCGAGCUCUUCGCACAAGGGCACGUAGUAGCAGACGAAGCCUCGGCGGCCGCAGGAGGGAGCGGUGCGGGUGCAUCAGGCGACCAAGCAGCAGAGGACGAUGAUGGCAACUUCGACGUUCUGGGCGCGCUCACUAGCGGUAGAGAGAAGGAAGCCAUCGCGGAGCAGGAGCGAAGGAACAAGGAGCUCGUGGCCCAGGGCAAGGAGCCUGAGCCCAUGCAGACCGCAGGCGAUAUGGCAGGGCAGACGAUAUCGAGUGCCGCGGCUCUGACGGCAGAGAAUGGUGAUGAUGGUGGAGAGGACGAUGACGCCACAAUUAGGGUGCCGUUCAAAGGACGCAACAUCCGCGUACCGCGCUCAGCCCUCUCAACGGCUCUCACUCCACUGGUAGACCCCUCCGUCCUCAGCAAAGUAGCAGCAAGCACCGACCUGCUCGACCUCUUGACUCCGCUUGGCUCAUCAUCUUCUUCGUCACAGCGCACAGACUGGUCGUCCACCCCCUCCCUCCCAGCAGCAAUCCACGCCUCAAUCUCCACGACUCUCGACGUUGAACGGCGCAAUGGUCUCUGGGAGCAUCUCAUCGUCACCGGCGCGCCCGUUGGGCUAGUCAAGGGUCUCACGCCAAGCCUUGUAGCAGCUCUACAACGCUAUGUCGCCGCAGCCUCCGCCGCUGCCAAUGGAGCGCAGGGAGCGGGCGGGCCUGCCGGUCCCGCUGGGGGAGAUGAUGACGGGGACGAUGGUCCAACGGGGACGUACACGCCUAAUACGGCCCAGUCGGGCAAGCUGGCACCAGGACAGCCAAGCAAUGUGCGCGCUCUCCGCACGCCAGACUAUUUCAGCGAUUUCAAGGAGAGGGUAGACCUGGCACCCUUCCUUGGGGCGACGAUCUAUGCCAAGCUGGUGUUUGCGGAUAACCAGGCGCGCGGGUAUGUGAGCAAGGCCGGGUAUGCUGAGCGUGGGCCGGCGGGGGCUUGGAGUGUCAUGGCUAGUGACAAGUAGGGGGUGCGAAGUCAAAUGAAAGAGAAGUGAAUGAGAAAUGCUGAUGAGCGUGAGCGGGUCGUGCGAGACUGCAUGACGCGUACAGUGGUGGCUUGCCGUGCUUGCCGCUCGCUCAGUCCGCCUUUUGUCUGUCCGUCCAUGCGCUCGAGUGGAGUUGCAAAUGAAAGUGGCGGGAGGAAAGGCUUCGCGGCCUCGUUGCUUCUUGAAC